CAGCUUCGCGCCAGUUCUUCUUCUUGCGAACCGCAGCACGACAGGAGUAUUGACUUGGCUAAUCCUGCCGGACGGGGUUGAACAGUACUUUUCCUCCGAACAGUCACUCGUGCAGCUUCUAUCAGCUUCAGUUCGCCCAUUCCUUCUGAUCGGCACCAGAGCUCGACCUUUACAGUGUAUGCACUGCGGAGCUCGUGCCGAAUACUUUUGAGCACGAAUCACACACACCCACAGCACACAGCACCUUUACUCUGUCUAUCGACAUACCAGCAUACUUUCUGCACUUCUUACAUAUACCCGAUCCUACUUACAACUCCCAACCAUCAGCAAUUUUCCCCGUGACUCCUAUCAGCGCGCAUUACGCAUAAUCACAUGCUAAACAGCGCAACUUGAACAAUACCCGCUCUGCGCAUCUCGUACAUAUUCCACGCACUUUCCGCCACCAAUUACAUUUCAAUCUCAAUUCCUCAACGAAAGAAACAAAGAAGAGAAAGGAAAAUGUUCAACCCCAACAUCCCCACACCCAACCCCGGCCGUCGCCAAGGAGACCCCAUCGUGAUUGCCGACGACGAUGACGAAGACGAAGACCUCGAAAACGACUACCCGGAACAGAUCUACAUGGAAGCACUCCAAGACGACGACGAGUCUUUAAUCCGCGAACUCGACGACCUCGAGGAGAGCGAAUCGGCGGAGGACGACGACGAUAUGCAGGUAGAGUACUCGUUACAGUCUUCGCGGCCUCAGUCGGGUAUAAUGGGGUAUAGUAAGUACUCUUUCCCCCACCACCCUUCACUCAGCGCAGCACAUAGCAAGCAAGCCCCUCACAAUCACCCAUAACCACCUUAAUUCCAACAGCAUAACAACAAUCGAACAAGAAAUAGAAGAACCCCACUAACCAAAGCACCAAGCCUACCCCACAACACCAACCCCCAACCUAGGCCCAACCCUCUACCAAACAACCCUCGACCAAGAACGUCAGAUACGCACUCGCCUUCGCGAAGCCCGCCACGCCGCAUUAUGCGUCCUUCUAGAUAGGGAACUACUGACUAUCCAAGCGUUGGCGCAUCAAGAGGUAAGAGCCUCCCUCCCCACUUCUUCCCCAUAGAUGCAUCACUAAACAGUACGAAUGAAAAUAAUGUACAGACCCUUCCCCAAUGCCGCCGCCGAUUUCUAUCCCGCCUUCUCGCCCCCGAGGACCCCGAAGCCGCGGCCUCGAUCCGCGCAGACCGGUUCACCGUGCAGCAUCC